AUAGUCUUUUGCAGCCCUCGCGGGUUAUCUGCAACGAACCCAGGGGCCUGGAAGGCUGCCCCAGCUCAGGCCCGGCCUUGUGAGCCAUCCCCCUCCCCGACAGCUCCCAAGCUCCAGUGGCAGUCGUGGCGGGGAGGAGCCUGCAAGCCCCGGGCUGGCGGGGACGCGCGGCGCGGGCUCCGCGGGCCAUGGCGGACCUCACGGUGUGCGCGUUCCUCACCAAGGUGCUGUGUGCUCACGGCGGCCGCAUGUUCCUGCAGGACCUGCGCGGCCACGUGGAGCUGUCGGAGGCGAAGCUGCGGGCGGUGCUGCGGCGCGCGGGCCCCGAGCGCUUCCUGCUGCAGGAGGUGGAGCUGCGCGACGGCCCGUGGGACCCGGAGGCCGAGGUGGCGGCGGGCGCGGGCGCGGGUGGCGGCGCCACGGCCUGCAGGGUGGUGGCCGUGUCCUCCGCGCGCCUCUGCGCCCGCUAUCAACGCGGGGAGUGCCAGGCCUGCGACCAGCUGCACUUGUGUCGCCGUCACAUGCUGGGCAAGUGCCCCCACCGCGACUGCUGGUCUACCUGCGCCCUGUCCCAUGAUAUCCACACGCCUAUCAACAUCCAAGUCAUGAAAAACCGCGGGCUUUUUGGCCUCAAUGAAGCCCAGCUUCGAAUCCUGCUUUUGCAGAAUGACCCCUGCCUUUUCCCAGAGGUCUGUUUGCUGUACAACAAAGGUGGCGAUGUCCUGUAUGGCUACUGCAACCUCAGGGACAAAUGCAACAAGUUUCAUGUAUGCAAGUCCUUUGUCCGGGGCGAAUGCACACUUCAGACCUGCAAGCGGUCCCACAAGCUCAUUCACGCCACCACCCUGAAGCUGUUAGAGGACCAAGAACUGAGUAUUUCAAGUGUUGUCAACUUCCAGAUAAUCACCAUCUACAAACAUAUGAAGCUGCACAAGAUGCUGGAAGAGAAAGACAGUGUGACCUCUGCCGGGCACUCACAAGGCGCUGAGAAGCAAGGGGCCCCUGGGGCUGGGGCUGCAGAAGCCAGGCCGCUGGCCCCUGCCCCUGCCCAAUCGCCCAGGAAGCCCCAGUAAACCUUAAGGAGCAUAGAGGAAGUGAGAAGCAGCUUGUCCAUCUUGGAGGACCAGAAGCAAGAGCAGCUGAGCUGGAGUUUGUAGCCAUUCUCUCUUCCCUUACUUACUAGCAUUGGUAACUUUAAUACCUAUCUCAUCCCUUAUUGGGAGAACCCAGGGUGAAAGCGAAAAUACAUUUGCAGGCGAGGUUGGACCUGGAGCGGGCAAAGAGGGUAAAAUUCUGAGCACAGAGGGGAUCAGUCCAGGGCAAAUCCUGAAGCUGUAGCCUCUGUCUGCGGUUCCCCCUUUCCAGCCAUGGGAUGGAGGGCAGCUUUCUGCUGCCUCUGUGUCCAGCUCGCGUUUUCUAGACUCCGUUCACACAGCUUCCACUGUAGACAUCACAGAGUUUUUACACACUGCGUAUUACUUGGGUGUAUACAUAAUCCCUUUUUACACAGAAUUGUUUAUAUAGCUUAAUUACCUCCCUUAUUCUGGAAUAUUUCAAUACUCAUAACAAUGUUUGAAUAUCUCCUUUUGUAUCAGAUGUAUUUGUCUCAUUUUGUAUUGAGUUUAAAAGCCAUUUCAUACCUUUGUUUGGCUUGUAAGUGCUAAACAAUACUGUCUUUUGAUACGGAUUCCUUUAAAUAUCUGUGUAGAUGAAUGGCCUCCUCUGCCCCUGCAUUCUGUGUGUCUUGAUUUUGUGAAUUUCCUAUGUUGUAUUUUGUUGCUGGGGCCCUCUGUGCUGUUAUCCAUACUGUGUCCAUGAUACUCAACCCCAGGGGUCCAUUCUCAAUCGGCAUCACAGUUAAUAAUCUUUGGGCUCUCACCAGAGUUUUCUACCUCACUCCCAACCGCUUCUCAACUCUUACUGAGCCGACCAGUGCUCUGUGGCUGUAUCUUGAAGGAUGUGUAGUUCACUCCUUCCUCCAGUUGUGUCUGCCCCUUCUGAGGAUGGGACGGGUCAUCGGGAAUGUGUGUGUGUGUGUGUGUGUGUGUGUGUGUGUGUGUGUGCGCGCGCGCGCGCGCGCCGUGCUUUGCCGGUCUUCAAGGUCACCCCCCCCCUUCCUCCAGCCUCUCUGCCCCCACUCAUCAUACUGUUUUCAUCUUGUGAUUGGCAGAUCUUUGUUGUGGCCAUGUUCCCCAAUGACAUUGUAUAAAGAGAAGGGCUUGUGUUUCUUUCCGUAACAUGACUUUUGAAAAAUAGGGGCCACUCAGUCAGUUUUCAUAACGACAAACUUACCUUACUUAUUUAGAGAAACUUGUAUCGUGAAGUCAAUGAGAGGAGGGAUGUAGAAAAUGUCUUUCCAAAAGAAAACUCGGUUUCCUCUUAAUGGACAGUAAACUCAGGUCUUUGCACUUUGGUUGUCAAUGACAGUGUUUUACAUUCUUUCAUUUUAAAUUCCUAGUUGUGACUUUUUUUCAUAGUGGUAUUUGGUGUGUGUGUGUGUGUGUGUGUGUGUGUGUGUGUGUGUGUGUGUGUGUGUGGUAGGAUUAAACCCAGGGUCUUGCCUGUGUAAGGCAAAGCCCUUGACUAGCAAGCUACAUCUGAAUUCUGGGACUAAACUUUAAAAAGAAAGGCCAGUCAGUCAUUGUGGUGUAUGGCUUUAAUCGCAGCACUACAGAGGUAGAGGCAGGCAAGUCUCUGUGAGUUCAAGGCUACCCUGAUUUACAUAGUGAGUUCCAGGCUAGCCAGAGCUCCAUAAUGAGACUCUGUCUCAAAAAGAAAUUGCGUUUUUUAUUAUUACUAUUUAUACUUUGUCGUUCUCCUGUAUAUAUUUAUUGUAAGCCAUCUUAAAUCCUUAAUGGAAUGGAAUAGCUCAGUGCACACCCUUUCCAUCAAUAGACAUGGUAGACUUUUACGUUGUUUUCUCACAUAUAUCACGAUUAUGCUCUUAUAUAUGAUGUUUAUUGAUUUGUGGUCAUUGUUGCAACAUUUUAUUCAAGUGUAUAAUGUUCCAUUUUAAUUUUAGUUCUCUUGGAAUUUAGUCUACAAGGUUAUCUUUUGGUAUGUGUGUGUGAUACUGGGGAUGGGCCCAUGCGUUCAUGAAUGCGCUCAUGCUGGACAAGCGCUCCACCACUGAGCCGUAUCCUCAGCACUGAGCUCCUCUUCUGUAACUGUUACUGGACCCCGUCUGGCUGCUUACCCCCAUGACAGGCAGAUGAAGUUGAGAGAUGUGGUACUGAGGCAAAGGGCUGAUUUUAUUUAAAAAUAAACUUCUUAGAAAGGGAGGAUAGGGCCUGUCUUGCUGGGGAGCUAAUUUGGGGUCAGUUUAUAGAGGUGGGUGAUGGCUGACUUGGGCGCUCCCUCAAGUGGGUGGGCCAGGUAAUGCACACUCACUACAGUGUCUUGAGGUGGUUUUCACUUACAGUCUCAGGAGCAGGUCAGCAUUUCCUUGGGCUUUACAUUUCAUAUUAGUUCCACAGCACAAAGCUGGAGGCAGAAGAAUGGAGAGUUCAAGGCCACCGGGUGGGCCUUUAAUCCCAGCACACAGGAGGCAGAGGCAGGCAGAUCUCUGUGAGUUCAAGCCUGGUCUACAGAGUGAGUUCCAGGACAGCCAGGACUAUUACAUGGAGAAACCCUGUCUCAGAAAAAAAAAAAAAUUCAAGGCCAGCUUUCAUAACACAGUGAGUUAGAGGCCUGCCUGGCUGCUAGAAACCCUGUCUCAAAAACAAGAACAAAAACAAAAAACAAAACCAAAACGGAUGCCAGAAUUUCAACCAACUUGAAAAUUUUGGCUUUUUUUUUUUUUUUUUUAGGCAGGGUCUUAUGUCUCCUAGGCUGGUCUUGAAUAUUCACUGUGUAGUUUACAUUUUGGAUCCUCCUGCCUCCGCCUCCUGAGUGCUGAUGUCACUGGUGUUUACUGCCCAGUCCCACUUAUGUGGUGCUGGGGACUGAAGACAGGACUUCGUCAUGCUAAGUAAGCACCCUGCCAACUGAGGCACAUCCCCAGGCCCAGUCCUGGACUCCAUCUUUAAAUGAGGUUGCCUCAUCUGUAAAUACCAUCCCCACUUCCCUCUGCCUGCCUCAAAGGCUGGCAAAAUUAUAAUCGUCAAGAUACUCAAUAGCCCUUGCUGACCCCAGAGAGGUGGUUCCCGUACCUCCUGCAUAGUGCUCCCUCACAUUCCAGUGCUUUGGCUUUGGGCUAAAACGUUAUUUGUUCCUCAUGGUAGUUCUGACAUGUAGACUUAGGACAUUUCUUGUCAAAUACUGGAUCAGUUGUCAAUAUGCUGGCCUUCACUGGCUUUGUUGUUGUCUGUUUUGUCUACUUUUGCUUUUUUUCCUCUUAUAAUCAGGCUCUCACUGUAGCCCUGGCUGGCCUGGAACUCAUGUAGACCGGGUAAACCCACAGAGAUCCGCUGGGACUAACGGGGUGCACCACCACACUCAGCUCAGGUCCUUUACUUAAACAAACAACAUUUUUUGUUGUCCUAAUGAGGGUGAUGUGUAAAGCAAACAGCUGAAUCAUUGAGUCUGAAGUCAGUUUGUGUUUACGAAGUGGAGUUUCCCAUCCAGGAUUCCGUCUCCACCACUGAUGUGUUCUGACUUUCCUCACUAUGUUUUUGUUUUUGUUUUUAUAAAUCUGUUAUGCUAAUUCUUCCUUGAAUAUUUUGUGUUUGUU